UCAGAUCCAAGUCUGCAGCUGAGCUAGCAGCGUGCACUCCCCUCAGGCACCUUGAGCUUUCUGCUCAGCUCUGGAGCUGUUUUGUAAAGUUGGGCAACUUCAAGUGCCUGCUUUGCUUCUGGAGUUCUCCCUCCUCUGGUCCCCAGCGCCCCCGCCUCCCACACUCCCGCUCCCUUCCACCGGGAGCCGCCAGUCAGCGGGCUCGCAGCAUGCACCCUUUUCCAGUCUUCCUCCCUUGGAGUGCAACCAUGCUGUUAAGGGGCGUCUUUCUGGUGGUGCAAGCCCUGCAAUAUGUGGGUGCCCUGGACCUGCCGGCGGGGUCCUGUGCCUUUGAAGAGAGCACUUGUGGCUUUAACUCAGAGCCUGCCUUUCUGCCUUGGAUUUUAAAUGAGGAAGGUCAUUACAUUUAUAUGGACACCUCCUUUGCCAAGCAGGGGGAAAAAGCUGUGCUAGCAAGUUCUGACUUACAGGCUGAGGAGUGGAGCUGCCUUCGAUUGGUCUACCAGAUAGCUGUACCUUCAGGGUCUCCCUCAGAUCCCAGUCAGCUGAACCUCUAUAUGAGGUUUGAAGAUGAAAGCUUUGAUCACUUGCUUUGGUCAACUAAGGAAACUUCAGAAAGCUGGCUCAUAGCCAGCCUAGAUUUGCCAAACAAUUCCAAGAAAUUCCAGAUUUUAAUAGAAGGUGUGCUAGGACAGGGAAACACAGCCAGCAUUGCACUCCUUGAAAUCAUGAUGACAACUGGCUACUGUAUUGAAUGUGACUUUGAAGAAAAUCAUCUCUGUGGCUUUGUGAACCGCUGGAACCCCAAUGUAAACUGGUUUGUUGGAGGAGGAAAUAUUCGGAACACACCUUCUAUUCUCCCUCAGGAUCAUACUUUGAAGAGUGAACUGGGCCACUACAUGUAUGUGGACUCGGUUUACGUCAAGCACUUCCAGGAGGUGGCCCAGCUCAUCUCCCCCAUCACCACGGCCCCCAUGUCCGGCUGCCUGUCAUUUUAUUACCAACUCCAGCAGGGGAAUGACAAUGUCUUUUCUCUCUAUACUCGGGAUGGGGGCGGCCUUUAUGAGGAGAUCUGGAAAAUGGAUAGACCGGUGAAUGCCGCCUGGAACCUCGCUGAGGUGGAGUUCAACGCUCAGUAUGCCAUGGAGCUUAUAUUUGAAGUUGCUUUCAGUGGUCCCAAAGGAGGAUAUAUUGCCCUGGAUGAUAUUUCUUUCUCUCCUGUUCACUGCCAAAAUCAGACAGAGCUUCCUUUCAGUGCCAUGGAAGCAAGCUGCAAUUUUGAGGAAGAUCUUUGCAACUUUUACCAAGAUAAAGAAGGUGCUGGCUGGUCCCGAGUGAAAGUAAAACCAAAUGUGUAUCAGGCUGGAGACCAUACUUCAGGCUUAGGGUAUUUCUUGCUGGCCAACACUAAGUUCACUUCUCAGUCUGGCUACAUUGGAAGGCUCUAUGGUCCCUCCCUGCCAGGAAACUUGCCAUAUUGUCUACGUUUUUAUUAUGCCAUCUAUGGGUUUUUGAAAAUGAGUGACACCCUAGCAGUUUAUAUCUUUGAAGAGAACCAUGUGGUUCAAGAGAAAAUCUGGUCUGUGCUGGAUUCCCCAAGAGGGGUGUGGAUGCAAGCUGAAAUCACCUUCAAGAAGCCCAUGCCUACUAAGGUGGUUUUCAUGAGCCUAUGCAAAAGUUUUUGGGACUGUGGUCUUGUCGCCCUAGAUGAUAUUACAAUAGAAUUGGGAAGCUGCUCAUCUCCAGAGCACCAUCCACCUCCACCUGGAGAGUGUACUUUUGAACAAGAUGAAUGUACAUUUACUCAAGAAAGAAGAAACCGCAGCAGCUGGCACAGAAGGAGGGGAGAAACUCCCACCUCCUACACAGGACCAAAGGGAGAUCACACUACUGGGGUAGGCUACUACAUGUACAUCGAGGCCUCCCACAUGGUGUAUGGACAGAAAGCACAGCUCCUGUCCAGUCCUCUGCGAGGUGUCAUCGGAAAACAAUGCUUGACCUUUUUCUACCACAUGUAUGGAGCAGGCACUGGUCUGCUUAAUGUUUAUUUGAAAAAGGAAGGUGACAGUGAAGAGUCCCUCUUAUGGAGAAGAAGGGGGGAGCAGAGUAUUUCCUGGCUACAAGGUCUGAUUGAAUACAGCUGUGAGACACAAUGCCAGAUAAUUUUUGAAGCCAUUAGGGGAGUAUCAAUAAGAAGCGAUAUUGCCAUUGAUGAUAUUAAAUUUCAAGCAGGGCACUGUGCAGAAAUAGAAGAUACAACUCAACAAUCAUCAGGAUAUUCUGAGGAGUUGAAUGAAAUUGAAUAUUAAGAAAUAAUCUGAAUUGGAUUGAUAAUCGAAUAAAACUCAUACCUCUCUUCAAUCAAAAAUGAAAACAGACAAGUUAAUACUGUACAGUCAGCCAUUUCAUACAUUAUAAAAUGACUUAAGAGCACUCUUCUUCACAACUUAUGCAAAAAAUACUAACUCAGGGCUUUUUUAUUUCUUUUUGCAUAUGACAACUGUUACUGGAAGUACAGGCUACUAGUUUUGCAUAGGUCAUUCGUUUUAAUUAAAGUAAUGGUAAAAAGUACGAAUGUGCAAUAUUGUAGUGAUUUUGAAGUAUGCAAAUUAAGGGCACAAUCAAAAUUAGGAUGUGCUCACUUAAAUCUGCAUUCAGUGAAUGUAUUGGAGAAGAAUAGUUCUUGUGGGUUUCCUUUUGAAUUUUAAGUAUUGUAAAUAUUUUCAAAGUAAUAAUGUGAGGUGUCAGUAAUAUCUGUAGAAUGAAUGCAGCUUUCAUGUUAACAAGGUAGUCUAAGAAAGUAAAGUAUUAUUUUCUAUGUUUUAUCCAUAGUAAUAGAGCAUUAAUUUCAAAAUAGUUUUAUCAUGUGAUAAUAAGAAUCUUUCAUAAGUAUCCCAGGUAAGUCAGUAUUAAUUAAUGCUGUAUUACAAAGCAAUGCUAUCUUUUUCCUUUAGACAAUCACUAUGAACACAUGAAUAGAAAUGACACUCCUUUUGUAAAGCAAGCUUGAAAAUAUUGUAUGUAUGCAUACUAAAUUCUAGAAUAUAUUAAACAAUUUUGCUGAUUUUUAUAAUAACUGUUUUGUUAAACUUUUGAUAAUAUGAAUUACAGCAGAUCUACUAAACUACUACUUUUUAUUUACAUGUCUAAAAAAAUUUCAUAUACAUGUAUGUAUACCCAAAUAACUACUAUGAAGUUGUAAGAUUACCUAAUAAA